GCCUCACAGCUCUCUCCCUGGCGGCGUCUCACGGAUACAGCAACCUCACCCUCCUGCUGCUGAAGGCCAGGGCGAACACAGACGUGGUCGAUACAGCGAACCGCUCCCCCCUGUACCUGGCGACGGAGAGCAACUACACAGAGGUCGUCUCCCUCCUGCUGUCUCGCUGCCCCAACCUCCUGCUUAUGGACAACCUGCACAGAACGGCGCUCGACGUGGCGGACAUCGAGGGCUUCACUCGCAUUUCGGAACUCAUAAAGGCCCACCAAGGCCAACAGUGCGUCCUCGGCAACCACAAGUAUAUCCACAAGGACGUUGUCACUCGGGGAUGUUACGUCAUGGAGUGCCACUGCAGCGGGGACUGGACGGUCAAGCCACGCCCCCAUCCCGACUGCGAGCACAAGAGCGUGAGCGGCAGGGCGGCCAAGGCAGUGAAGGUCGGGAUAUGGAUCAUCGUCGCCCUGGCUAUCCUCCUGGUGGUGGGCGUGAGCGUCCACGUCGUGAGGCGGACGCGGUACUAAGGGGCGGCUGUUCUCUCGACCUCCCUGUCCACCUGUGGCUGUUCCUACGACCUCCCUCUCCCCCCUGCGGCUGUUCUCUCUCCCUCCCUCCUCCCUUAUGACUUCCCUCUCCCCCUGUGGUUGUUCUUUCAACCUCUCUUUUUUUUCCUGUGGUUGUCCCUACAACCUCGCUCUUUUCCUGUGGCUGUUCUCUCUCCCUCCCUCUCCUUCUCCGGC